UUCUCUUUCGCUAGUGUGGUCACUCCUGCGUAUUGGCAAUUGUUUACAUUUUUCGGUUUUGCGAAUAUUUGCGGUUUUUUAAUCUUUUUGGGCAUGGCCGACGAUCCGGAUAACUCAGUGGACCGUCCCUCGGACGACGGCGAUGCCAGCAAGCCGGAGAAGAUGUUCACUUUGAAGAAGUGGAACGCGGUGGCUAUGUGGUCGUGGGACGUGGAGUGUGAUAUUUGUGCUAUUUGCCGCGUCCAAGUUAUGGAUUCCUGCCUUCGCUGCCAGGCGGACAACAAGCGAGAUGUGAUGGGCCGCCAGGACUGUGUUGUAGUUUGGGGUGAAUGCAAUCACUCCUUCCACCACUGUUGCAUGUCCUUGUGGGUGAAACAGAACAAUCGUUGCCCACUGUGCCAGCAGGAGUGGUCCAUUCAGCGCAUGGGAAAAUAAUAAGCUCCAAAACAUGCCGCCAUCUCACUAGACAAGCUCUGAAUUUACUUUAUGAUUUUUUAAUAUAAUAUAAUGAUAUAAUGAUUUUAAAAAUAAUAAAUGAAAUAUUGUCAGAACAUAAAA